AUGAAUCCAAAGAGCUUGUCUUUGAGGCAUAAAACAAGUUUGAAAUCUAGGUUCACCAAAGGGUUUCUUCAAGCCUUGAAGAGAAUACACGGGCAAAGAUCUAGGUCACCAAAUGUAUCUUCUCCUAGGGAGAUGUGUAGGAGAUACUUGAGUAUUAAGAUUGCUGCUGAUGCAUCCAUGGCUUCAGCUGUUGGGUCUAGAAGAGCUUGGAGCCGAGCUUUGCUUACGAAGAUUCGAAGCCACGGGGCUCCGCGGGUUUAUAAGUACUCAGCCAGAAGAAUUGAUAACAGUAAGAAGAAGAAGAAGAAGUGCGAGGAUGGUGAGGAGAUUGGUGUUAAUAGUGAGGCGAAUGAGCUUCGAAAGUUUGUGCCAGGUGGGGAAGCCAUGGAUAUUUGCAGCUUGUUGGAUGAGGCUGCCCAUUACAUAAAGUGUCUCAACACUCAGGUAAAGGUGAUGAGAAGGAUUGCAGAUAUUUACUCUGCUGCUUGA